AUGAUGCGCUAUUGUAUAUCCAUUUUUGUUCUGCUAACAUUAACUGAAGCUUGUCACCCGGAAAUGAAACCUGUAACUACUCAAGCUCCAACUACGACGACGACAACGCAAGCAACAACCACAACAACCCAAGGUAUGUAGUUCUUUCACUGAAUAAACUAAAUCUAUGAGAAAUUGUUUAGGACCACCGUGUCCUGAAGAUUGGGUCGAAUCCGAUCGAAUUGCCGGAACAUGGUGUCUGAAAAUGGUGUCACUAACCGAAUCAACCUAUACUGCUGGACAAGCUGCUUGCUCAGCCAUCGGCGGAGUUUUAUCAUCUAUCGAAUCACCGGAAGAAUUGACACUGAUCUCCUCAUUACGUCUAAAUCCGUCUGAUUAUAUAAUUCUAGGCGCGCAACUAACAACUGAUUGUCCGUGUACAGGUAGAACAUUGUUAAUAGAAACAGAAGCGUUCAAAAAAUUGCAAAAUUUCAGAAGUACUCUUUUGUUCAGCGGGCGCUUGCAACUUACAAAACGCAUUCGAGUGGACCGAUGGUUUUGUGACUGGUCGCAAUCUUUUUGAUGAAGCUUCUGCUGGAAACUACGGAAACAGUUUAUUUUUGUCACCCAUCGACUCUUUCCAUGCAGUUCAAGAAGCUAUGAUGAGUGCGACGCCGAGUGAAGCGAUUUGUGCGAAACAGGGCAAUUAA